AUGUUGCCGCACAGGCAUCUGCCGCGGCCGUGGCGCAACGCCGCCGCAGCGCCGCCGAUGGUCCUGUACCAGCCACCGCCACCGCCACCGCCAAUGUUCUUGUACCCGCCGCCGUAUCCUACCACCAUCGUCGGGGUGCCGCCGCCGUAUCCCGCCGUCCCGCACCCGCCGUAUUUCGGCCACCACCACCCGAUGAUGCCCCCCGCCGCCGUCCACGUGCAGCUGCAGUCGGUGACGGCGGCCAACUUCGCCGCCGAGCUCGACGUCAUCGGCUCCCUGCUCCAGAACUACCCCUACGUCGUCGUGGACACCGAGUACCCCGGCACCGUCCACCACGCUCCCGCCGGGCGCCGCGACAGCGACCUCAGCCCCGACGAGCGGUACGCGCUGGUGAAGGCCAACGUGGACGAGCUCCCCAUCGUGCAGCUCGGGAUCACGCUCUGCGACGCCCACGGCAACCUACCCUUCGUCCCCGACUUCGACCCUUACGGCUACCACCACACCGGCGGCGGCUACGGCGCGGAGCGCGCAUGGGAGGUGAACUUCUCGGACUUCGACGUCAGCCGGGACCGCCACGCGCCGCAGUCCGUGGCGUUCCUGCGGUCCCAGGGCGUCGACUUCGACGCGGCGCGCGCGCGGGGCGUCAGCUCGGCGUCGUUCGGGGCGAAACUCGCCGAGAUCCUGUCGACGGCGGCGGCGCCGCGGAGCGGGAACGGCGUCGAGCUGACGUGGGUGACGUUCGGCGGCGCCUACGACCUGGCCUACCUCGUCAAGAUGCUCGACGGCGGGGAGAAGCCGCUGCCGGAGACGAGGCAGGGCUUCGUGGAGCGGCUCAGGGAGCUCCUCGGCGGCGGCCGGCUGUUCGACGCCAAAUUCAUGGCUGAGAACUGCGGCCGCGCGGACCUCCGUGGAGUUGGCAUGAGAAGCGUCGCGGCCAACCUCGGCGCCGCGAUGCCCGCGGAGGACCUUCCGUGGCUCGCCGGCACCAAGAGUGUCACCGCUUAUAGCAUACAUUCCAUAUUGAGAUUGCAUGUCCUCUCGCAGGACACUGCCGCCGGCUUCGAAGGAAUCAUCGACGGACUACAGUGAUUUUUUUGCUUUUUCAAUUCUUUUAGUGUAGCAUAGAUUACAAGCAGAAAAAAAAACAAAAAAAAAGAAG